GCGCAAUGUGGCCGAACCAGCCUCCUCCUCGUGGUCCACCGCUGGGCAUGAACCCGCGCGCUGCGCUUCUCUACGGAGGCCAAGACCGGAAUGGUGCUGACGCUGGCCCAACGAGUACCUAUGCGAGCGGACGCGGCGGCAAGCGUAGCGCGCGAGCACGGCCGACGACCGGCCCCAACGCCUUUCUGUGCUUCCGCAUCACCGAGCCGUCAACAAUUGCGCGCUGCGAGUCGAUUCAGGAUGCAAUCCAGCGCAAGGAUGCCCGGCUCGCGCAUGGCAUGAUUUCGCCGCCCAAGCUGCACUGUACGCUGCUCGUGCUGCGACUGCAUACGCUGCACGACCUCUGGCGCGCCCAAGCGGUCUUGCGGCGGGCCCAGCAUCUUCUUUCCGCACUCUUUCCGCCGAGUAAAACUGUCUCGCUGAACGGCGUCUCGCACUUUGACCACCGCGUUUUGAUCGCGACGCUAACGCGAUGCCACGCCCUCGAGUUCCUCGUCGAGAAUUUACAGAGCGAGCUGCGCGCGGCCGGCCUCGAUCUUGCUGGGAACCACGCGCCGUACAUCCCGCAUGUCACGCUGUGCAAGGUCCCAUCGCACGCUUCCAUCGACCCCGCGCUCUACGGAGCGUACACGCAUUCGCCGAUCGGAGUGCAGCCGGUCAGUCGCCUCGAACUCUGCACCAUUCGUGGCUCGGCGCGCGCGAUCGACGGGUCCCACCCGAGCCUGUAUUCGAUUUUAAACCCCGACAUUCCCACGACGCUCCAUGUGGUGCUGCAACCGGGUGACGCCGUCCUGCUCCGCGGAGUCCCGGGCGCUGGCAAGUCGACGCUGGCGCGUCACCUGCAAAGCGACUGCGACCGCCGAGGACUCUCGAGCGUCGUGUGCACGAGCGAAGGCUACUACGCCGAGCGCAACAGCCUCGUGUUUGACGAGGUCCAAGGCGACGACCCCGACGCCUUUUGUACCAAGACGCUCGUUCGUGCCCUGGAAGACAAGAUGGACGUUAUUGUCAUUGACAAGGCCCAUCUGUCCCUGCACAGUGUCGACGCCACGCUGCAAAAUGUGCGCCAUCGCCGCGUCUGGAUCGUCGAGCUCCACACCAACAAUGUGCUGGCGUGCGUCCGGCGGUCGCUUCGUCGCGUGACGCUCAAGGCGUCAAACGAGACCUUGGAGCCGAUUGGCACCCUAUGGGACAGCGCCCUUGUGUGCCAGGUGCCCACAGACGUCUAGCUAGCAGCUAACAUAAGGGCAGUCGUACGUUCC